AUGGUUGCUCGCGCUGGUGCUGGGCAUCGCAGCGGGAGGACGGUGGCGCCCCUGGGGGCGAUCCUGCGGUCCAGGAUCCGCCAACCACAGUUUUAUUGGUUUUUAGGCCAUUUCCUGACGCUUUACCACUGUGCAAGAUUCCAUUUGGCCAUCUUCUCCGUGCAGAGUCAGAGAUUGCACUACGGAUGGAUUCUGUUUUACGUCACUGCGACGUACGGGAUAGUACUGUACCAGUUUUACAAGAGUGGUCAACUUCAAUGGAGUACACUGAGUGAGAACCUCGCUCAAAUGGAUAACUUGCAAUACUUUCUCGUAUUCAGCGUACUUUUGACACUUUUCCUGAUCAGCAAGGGCCACGCCAUGCUGAGUAACGCCACUUACUCACCUGCUAUAUUUGCGCUAUUCCAUUCGCUGAAUUACUUCAAAGAGAACCUGCUACCGUUCCUGCCCCUAAGACAACAUAUGAAAUCUGGGGCCAAUCAAAUAAUCACGGUGUUCAUAUCACGUUACAAUGGCCCCUUCCUUGUCAUGGCACAAGUGUUUGAGAUAGUGUGUGCAGUGCGCUGCGCGGUUCUCAAGUUACCCCUCGCCGUGCUGUCCCUGCGGCUGUAUUCGGUUGCAACUGCAUUGGCAUACUUAAAGUUCUUCCAGUUACGCUACAAACAAAACAGUACAUUGCGGAAAUUGUUUGACGAGAGAGUUCUCACCACGGUGGAUGCCCUCGUGGCGACGCGAGUGCCCCAGUGGACACCUCUGUGGGGGUCUGUCAAGAACAAAGUGAAGUAUUUUUUGUCAUAG